AUGGCCCCCUCUCAGGACAGGAGAAUGGACAACCUGCUGGGAGCUGAGCUCUGCUACCCUCAGCUCCUGAACUUGUCUUGCAGAGGUGUAAUGCGUCCUCACACUGAGUCUUCCCUCCUCUAUGCUCUGCUCUCAUCCGUUGCUGUUUUUACUGUUGUUCUGAACCUGCUUGUUAUCGUCUCUAUCUCCCAUUUUAGGCAGCUUCACACCCCCACGAACCUACUUCUGCUCUCACUGGCCAUCUCAGACCUCCUUGUGGGUUUGCUGGUGAUGCCGAUGGAAACUGUGCGGUUCGUAGAAACUUGCUGGCUGCUGGGAGAUUUCAUAUGUGCUCUGUCUUACAUUAUCGGCUUCACCCUCACCUCUGCCUCUGUGGGGAACAUGGUGCUCAUAUCAAUCGAUCGCUAUGUAGCUAUUUGUUAUCCUCUGCAGUACCCUAACCAAAUAACCCGCAGCCGGGUUGAGCUAUCUGUGUGUCUGUGUUGGGCCUGCUCAUUGCUCUACAAUGGACUGAUUUUAAAAGACCACCUCAGACAGCCCGACAGACAUAACUCCUGCUAUGGAGAGUGUUUGGUGGUGAUUAACUAUGUCUCUGGAACUGUGGACCUCGUGUUUACCUUUGUCGGCCCUUGCUUAGUCAUUGUGAUCCUGUACAUGAGAAUUUUUAUCGUAGCAGUGUCUCAAGCUCGUGCCAUGCAGUCUCAUGUUACAGUGACAGCUGCCAGUAAGGUUACAGUCAGAGCAAAGACAUCAGAGAGAAAGGCAGCCAGGACUCUGGGUGUGGUCAUACUGGUGUUUUUGAUGAGUUUCUGUCCAUAUUACUACCCCUCUCUUGCAGGACAAGACAUAUCAAACAGUGCCUCUUCUUGGGCCAUUGUGUCUUGGCUGGUUUAUUUUAAUUCUUGUUUGAACCCUCUCAUAUAUGCUUUAUUCUACCCAUGGUUCAGAAAAGCUAUCAAGUUCAUUGUCACUCUCAAGAUACUAGAACAGUACUCCUCUCUGGCAAAUAUUCUUUGA